CUGUCACUAAUCUGUCAUCGUGUUUUGACAGAUUAGUGACAUGUAGCUUGAGCCGUCAUUGUGAUGUUCGUCAUGAAUGUUUUUCUAUUGUUUAGUAAAGAAAGUGAAUAUCUGAACCGAUCCGGCUAAAUUUUUGGUUACACAGACUAAUUUGUCAGAACAACAACGAUGUCGAAACCACGAUUCCCAGGUCGUCAAAGCCUUCUCAAGGUCAAUCGAAAUGCGCAGCUCCAAACGGUAGUAACCAGACAAAUGUCCCUUCUACGACCUCUAACUAUGCCAACCACACCGAAGCCCAUCGACCCUUCGUUACCCCUCCGUGGACGGCCACCGAAGCGUUUAAAGAUGGAACAGCUAUCGGUGGGUCUCCGCCAUCAACAAGGUUCCUCCUUCAUCAUGAAACUCUUCGAUCGAAGCGUCGAUUUGGCUCAAUUCGACGGGGAAAGUUCGCUCUAUCCCGUUUGUCGAGCUUGGAUGCGCAAUCAACCGCGUGCUCGGCAAAACCCGGACGGCCCGAAACCAUCCGACCCGGCUUCGCCUCCGCGGGGAGCGGAAUCAUCACGCCACUCGAUGCCCGACAUUGUCGAGCGGUUCAAUCGGAAAGAGGUGCUUGAAAUUCCAGACAUGCCGAAGCCGAGCGAAACCGAACUGGAACCGUUUCGGUUCGAGCGGCAUUUCGCGGAGGGUGAAGAUGAAGAGCCCGAAUUGGAUGGAGUAGAGGGAUCAGCUGAUCGGAAAGAGAUUCUCCUGCAGCACCACAAGGCGCGGUGGACAAAAGUGCGUCGAAGUUGGCAGGGCCAUCGACAGAACUAUUUGCGCAAGUAUCAGCUUAGCUACGAUGUGCUGGACGCUAUCAUGAUGAAGCAAGUGUGAGCUAAGGCGCUGUUGGGAAAUGACAACAAUUAUUUUGUAAUAACGAUUGUUGCUGGUUUACGGAUUAACGAUAAUAAAGUUUGAUUAUCAA